AUGUUUUCCACUGCUAUUAAAUACCUGACAAUAGUUUAUUUGAUCUCCUCUUACAAAACUUUACCUGGUGCUUAUUUUAUUAGAUUCUAUUACCAUGUUUGUAGAUUAUUAUUCAAACCAUAUUUUACAGGAAAGGAAACAUUAAAUAUUGAGACUCUACAAAAGAGUAAAUAUGGUUGUUUUGCUCAUAGUAAGUAUUCCACUUAUGCUUCUCCAUGGGAAUGUGAUUUAUACUUUCAUAAAAACAACUCUACUUAUUUUUCUGAAUUAGAUAUUAGUAGAGGUGAAUUAAUGUUAAGUAUCUUCCAAAAAUUGUUCUUGAAAUCUAAAAAAUGGCCUUAUGUUCCAGUAGCAAACGUUUUUACAAAUUUUCUAAAAGAGAUUUCCCCAUUUGAAAGAUACAACGUUACUUCACAAAUUUUAUGUUGGGAUGAAAAGUGGAUUUAUGUCUUGAGUAAAUUUACUAAGAAUAAUGAUAAGAUUUUAUGCUCCAUUUCAUUAACAAAGUAUGUUUUGAAAGAUGGUAGAAAAACUAUUAAACCAAAGGACGCAUUAGAAGUAUGUGGACUUUACAAUGCAGAUGCUGCUGCUUUAUCUGAAAAGAAUUUGAAAAUAUUGGUCAAUGACUGUGGUUUUCAUGAAACUGGCCCCUUAGAAGAAAUGACUACUUCUAAUAUUCAAUUAUAA